AUGAUUCGAUCCUAUCUAUCUGUCUGUGUCAGUGUGCCAGUUUUCUCACAUCUAUCAUCUAUCUAUCUAUCUAUCUAUCUAUCUAUCUAUCUAUCUAUCUAUCUAUGUCUGUCACAUUCUGUUAUUAUCUAUCUAUCUAUCUAUCUAUCUAUCUAUCUAUCUAUCUAUCUAUCUCUGUCUCAUUCUGUUACUGUUCUGUUAUCAUCUAUCUAUCUAUCUAUCUAUCUAUCUAUCUAUCUUUGUCUGUCACAUUCUGUUAUCUAUCUAUCUAUCUAUCUAUCUAUCUAUCUAUCUAUCUAUCUAUCUAUCUAUGUCUCAUUCUGUUAUCUUUCUAUCUCAAACACUGAGGAUAUUUCUACAUAUUUUUUUAUAUACCGCCACCACUUGCUGGCACCUGAUCCUCAACAAUUUUUCAUGUUCAUAACUACUCUCAAAUUCAGUGGCUUUCUUAGUGAAAUUUUUGUCCGUUGGCCUCUUUUUUUCUUUCUUUUCUUCUUUCUUUCUUUCUUUCUUUACUUUCUUCUUCUUUCUCUUGUUCUUCCUCUUCUUCGUCUUGCUUUACUUCUUCUUCCUCUUCCUCUUAUUCUUGCUCUUCUUUUUUCUUCUUCUUGCUCUUCCUCUUGCUCGUCUUCACCUUUUUUUCUUCUUCUUCCUCUUCUUCUUCCUCUUCUUCUUCCUUUUGUUGUUCUUCUUCUACCUUUUGCUCUUCUUCUACCUUAUGCUCCUCUUCUUCGUCUUUCUCUACUUCUUCUUGCUCUUCUUUUUCUUCCUCUUGUACUUGUUCUUCUUCUUCUUACUCUUUUUCUUUCUCUUGUUCUUCUUCUUCUUCUUGCUCUUCUUCCUCUUCUUCUUCUUCUUACACUUUCUCUUCUUCUUUUUGUACUUCGUUCACGCCCGGCUGAUCGGUUGAACUCUCUGCCUUCGGGCGGGGAGGAACCCGAAGGAAUCUACGCCGAAGGGCGAAUUCUCUUUCAGGGAGGUAAACCGACCCUGAACCCGUUUAUACGGGUUCAAUAA